AGAAAUUUGCUAAAAGAAAAAAUAAAAAAAUAAAAACAGGAAGAAAAGUAAAGAAAAAAAAAAAUCCACCCGACGGCUACGCUACGGCGGCGCGGCCACACAACCACCAGUCUAUCAUCUCACUGCUCCGGCUCUCGAUGUUCAAUUACCGAGAGUACCCCUGAAUUCGACCUAGUUUUCAGUCCACGGGCCUCGAUUUUGAUGCCUCUCUCUAGCUGGAGGUGCUAUUGACAGUUCAGGCGAAGCAGAUGCCGGAAUCUUACUGCACGCCGCCGGCGGACGACGCCGCUAAGUCGGUUUCGGAUAAGGCGCCGGAAUAUUCCUCCGGGAAGUCGCUGCUGGAAAAGCCGCUUCACCACCUUACUGAAGAUGACGUUGCGCAGCUCACCCGAGAAGACUGCCGCCGCUAUCUCAAGGAGAAAGGGAUGAGGAGACCUUCGUGGAACAAAUCACAAGCAAUUCAGCAAGUGAUAAUGCUGAAGAAGCUUCUAGAAGUUGAUUCUGAAACUGGUUCGGUAAAGCGCCCCAAUUACAUCGUCCAUGGCAGCUAUAAUGCUGCUAAGGAGAGUGUUCCUAAAGGUAAAAGCAGAGAUGCAGAAAUUUCUUUAUCGACAAAGGAGAUGAUGCUUAACCAUAUAGGUGAUCUGAACAAUCCCGAUUCAUCUUUUUCAGGCAGUUUUGCAGCCGCAAAAGAUGAGUCUUUCCGGCCAAGAACAAUAGGUCCAACAGAUAUUGCAGCUGGGCAAAUGACGAUAUUUUAUGGCGGAAAAGUGAAUGUUUAUGAUGAUAUGCCUGCAGAUAAGGCUCGGGCGAUAAUGCACAUUGCAGCCAGUCCACUAGAGUUCUCAGAGGAGCAGCUGAAUGAUGCUAGAAUACUGCAACCUUCACUUGGACUCCCAAAAGCUCUCACCCUGAAAAUGCACCAGAAUUCUGUAGAUGGUACCUUGCCACGUCUCCAUAUAGCGAACAUGAGGGACAACUCGCUAACUAUUGGAGAAGAAAGUAUCAUGCUUCUUGAAGGGACCCCUGUCGAAGGUCCUUCCGGCAGAAAAGCUUCACUGCAGAGAUAUCUUGAGAAGAAGAAAGACAGGUUUACAAGUGGACUCGACCUGAAAAGUUCCGACUGGUCCAGCUUUAUGCCAAGAUAAUGCUUCGGGAUGUGAAUUACUUUUUCGGUAAUUCGUAUGCUUUAGAAGUUAGAAGGAACCACGUUAGGCUUUUAGCAGUCUUUUGGUUUCUAGUCGAAUAUUGGCCCUUGAGGACCUUUUUCAGCUGAUACUCGAAAAUUUUAUCG